AUGAUUAUCAACAACAAUAUCAAUAGAUUACUUAGACAACAGUACUCUUCAUUGUUGAGUAGACUGUUUGUCAACAAUGAUGGAGCAAGCAGAAGAAGAUCAUUGUCUUCAACAACAUCAAAGUCAGGUCUACAUGUACAUUCACCACUUAGCCAAUCUGAUAUUGAUCACUUUGAUAAGUAUGGCUACUUGGUAAAGCCUGCACUACUUGAUGGCGAUAAUAAUAAGGAACUGAUGAAUGCUCAUCAGAAAGAAUUGAGGACAUACUUGACAAAGAAUGCCAAUGUAGACUUUGGAAGCACUUCAGUCGGCUCCCCAGACGAGGCUGCACUGUUGGCCACACAAGAGAACAAGAUGGCCGCAGUGUCUAACGGCUUUGGUGGCAUGAUCAACUAUUAUCAUGGAAAUGCAAUGUAUAAGAUACGCCAGCAUCCUGCAUUGUAUCAUUCAUUCGUACAACUAUACCGAAGCACAUACUCUACAGGCUUGGCCUAUCCAGAGAGCGAGUGGCCCAAUGAAUAUGGCUACUUCAAUCCUGCGCACAUGUUUAUGUUUAUCAAUCGAUGUGGCUUCAGAAUACCAACUCCAAUGACGCCCUAUUCCAACAGCCAAGCAACAGUUCAAAAGGGAACUGGUGUACAUUUGGACUGUAACCCUUACCAACUGUUCCGUGGACAGAGACUGUCCAGUGAUCACCAGAAGAUUGAGAACGUACCUCUGCGCUUCUGGCAACCAAUCCAAGCGUUUGUAGCAUUGAGUGAUACUCUCAAUGAGGGCGAAGGUGGCUUCUGGUGCGUACCAUCAUUCCACAAGCAAUGCGUCAACUACUUCAAACAGGUGGAGCAGCCUGUCAGCAACGCCAGCCAAUACGUGACACUAAAACGAGGCAACGCAUUCGAUCUCCACAAUGAAAUUGCUGCGCACAAUCAAGUCAUUCGCCAGCUGGUACACAUUCCUGUUAGACGUGGCGAUAUAGUCUUUUGGGACUGGCGUCUACCGCAUUGCAACGAUGCCGUUCACCAUGGUGAGGUGGUACGCGAGGUAGUAUACGCAGCACAUCUGCCAGCAGUCAGUGUCAACAAUCUAUACGCACGCAAGCAAAUCGACUGGUUCAACACAGGUGUCCAUCCAUCCUAUGUAUCCAAACAAUUCGCCACACUCGAGAUGAAUGAAUAUCGCCGACCAGACAUUGACAAUCCACUUGGCCGCAAGCUACUUGGCAUUGAAUCUUGGUGA